AUGCCAGGACCCAACUCAAGGAAACCCCACAUUAGGCCCACUCAAUCAUGUCUGAAGGCUGGACCUUUUAAAAGAGCUCUUCAAAAUCAAAGAAAUCACCAUAUAGUUAUAGAUUCCAUUGAAGCCGUCCCAGAAAGUGAGUGCUUUAAAGCUCAAGCUCACUUGUACAGCUACAUUUUUAGCCACAUUAAUGGCAUAGUUCUCAAGUGUUUUGUUCAGCUAGAUAUCCCAGACAUAAUCUACAAGCAUGGCCAACCCAUCACUAUUCCUCAAUUGAUCUCCAAACUAGAAAUUCAACCAACCAAAACUGCCUUUGUAGAGAGGCUUGUUCGCUUCUUGGUGCACAAUGGCUUCUUACCAAAAACCAAAGUGCACGAGCAAGAUGAAGAAAUGGAGGUAUACACUCUCAUUUCUUCUAAACUACUCAUCAAAUGCAUGGAACCAAACCUGGCACCAAUGGUGUUAUCGUUUGUCGACCCUAGUUUCUUAGAUCCGUUUGAUUUUUUGGGAAGCUGGUUCAAACAGAGGGAGACGGUAACUGAGAUUGCCCUUGGGGCAACCAUUUGGGAAAUUUUUGAAAGAGAUUCUCAAAGAUUGAAGUCUCCCAAUGAAGCCAUGGCGAGUGAUUCACGAAUGAUUAGUGUCAUACUUAAAGACUCUAAAUCGAUCUUUCAAGGAUUGGAAUCCAUAGUUGAUGUUGGAGGCGGCACAGGCACCACAUGCAAAAUCAUCUCUGAAGCAUAUCCUCAUCUGAAAUGCAUAGUUUUUGAUCGUCCACAUGUUGUGGAAAAUUGUUCAGGAAGCAAUAACUUGAGUUAUUUUGGUGGCGACAUGUUUGAAUACAUACCUUCUGCCGAUGCUGUACUAUUGAAGGCAAGUUAAAAAAUUAUUUAGUCUAUAACAAAACUCUUAUUAUUAAGAUUUUUAACAUUUUAAAACUUACUUAUUUUGAUUUGAUUGGAUAAAAAUAUCCAUUAAUUAUAUAAAACUAAGUAUGUUUGUCAUCUCGUUUUAUUAAUAUCAAUAGCUUCUAAAUGUUGAUUCAAGUCCCAACUAAUCUAUAUUGAGCCGACCAAAUUAAACCACAUAUGUUAAAUCUCUACCAAUCAUUUACUUAAUUCCUUUAUUUAUAUACUAUUGCUUUAGGUUUUAGAUUUCUUAUUAUUAAUGUUGUUAUUGAAUAUUUUAAUGAAUUUUUGAAAAGGGAGAACAUUUGGUGUUGGUAAUGAUUUUGUGCAGGCACCU